GUAAGUUAGUGAUGGAUUAGCUGCUUCAUUAUAUUACCAAAUUGAAUGAUCUAGAGAUGGCUCUGCAACAUUUUGGGUAGUACAAAAAGAUCAUGCUUCUUUCAAUAGAUGAAGGGCGCUGCGUGCAUGUCAUCAAAAGAGACUUGGGUGAGCCAGACAUAAUUGUCAGGGAGCUAUUGUGGCCUGGGGGCUAUCUGAAAUUGAUUGAUUUGGUUCUUGAGGACCAACAGAUGGAGUUCGUCAGCCCUGAAGGUCUUUGUUUAGAUGGUCGUCGUCCCAAGGAAUUAUUUAUGAGGCAAAUUCGAGCAGAGAUUGGUGUUGUAGCCAAAGCCGACGGUUCUGCUAUGUUUGAGAUGGGUAACACCAAAGUUGUUGCUGCUGUUUAUGGCCCUAGAGAGGUCCAAAAUAGGAGCCAACAACUGAAUGCCAAUGCGUUGGUGCGAUGUGAAUACACCAUGGCAAAUUUUAGUACCGGAGAUCGGAUGAGAAAACUGAAGGGUGAUAGGAGAUCCACAGAGAUAUCUCUAGUUAUUCGCCAAACCAUGGAAGAAUGCAUUUUGACAAACUUAAUGCCUCGGUCUCAGAUAGACAUUUUUGUGCAAGUUGUCCAAGCAGAUGGAGGAACUUUAUCUGCAUGUAUCAAUGCUGCAACCCUGGCCCUUGCAAACGCUGGAAUUCCAAUGCGGGAUAUCGUUACUUCGUGCAGUGCUGGGUACCUUAAUAGCACACCUCUACUUGAUUUAAACUAUAUAGAAGAUAGUGCUGGAGGCGCUGAUGUCACUUUAGGAAUUAUGCCGAAGUUGGACAAAGUGACUCUUCUUCAGAUGGAUGCUAAGUUGUCGUUGGAUACUUUUGAAAAUGUAAUGCAACUUGCAAUCGAAGGCUGCAAGGCAGUUGCAGAUUACAUUAGAGAAAUAUUAUUGGAGAACACAAAGCAAUUGCAGUAUCGUCGAGGAACAUAGUUUCAUAGCAUGGCUGGCUACUCUAUGUAGAUGUGGUGUACUCUAUGGAAGCAAGCUUGGAAGUGGACCACACUUGGUUGCUGUACUCUUGUUUUGGAUUUUGAAAAUAGUAACAUGGCGGAAAUUGGUUAAUUUCAAUGACUGAAAAAUCUAAAAAAUUGGUGAAAUAUCGCCAAUAAUUUUGUUUU